AUGUUCCACCAGCUGACGGAUCCAGCGGUGAAUGGCAGCUGCCAGGGCGCCACCUCCGUGUGCAACGAGAGCGCAGACGGAGACGCGCUCCAGCUGCCCACCUUCUCCACCGCGGCCAAAGUCAGAGUCAUCAUCACCUUCACCCUGUGCGCCGUGUCCGCCGUGUGCAACUUGGUGGUGCUGUGGGCGGCCAGCCACGGCGGCAAGCGCAAGUCCCACGUCCGGAUCCUCAUCAUGAACCUGACGGUGGCCGACCUGCUGGUGACCUUCAUCGUGAUGCCCGUGGACGCCGUUUGGAACAUCACGGUGCAGUGGCAGGCCGGGGACGUCGCCUGCAGGCUGCUGAUGUUCCUGAAGCUGGUGGCCAUGUACUCGUGCGCCUUCGUCACCGUGGUGAUCAGCCUGGACAGACAGUCCGCCAUCCUCAACCCUCUGGGCAUCAGCGAGGCCAAGAGGAAGAGCAAAAUCAUGUUGACCGUGGCCUGGACCAUGAGUGUGAUCCUGUCACUCCCCCAGAUGUUUAUAUUUCACAAUGUGACCAUCACAGUCCCAGAGAACUUCACCCAGUGCACCACCCACGGCAGCUUUGUGCAGCACUGGCAGGAGACACUCUACAACAUGUUCACCUUCGUGUGCCUCUUCCUCCUGCCUCUGGUCAUCAUGAUCUUCUGUUACACCCGAAUCCUUGUGGAGAUAUCCAGCCGCAUGGCUUGUGGAAACUUGGUGUCCAGAGACGUCCAUCUCCGACGUUCUCACAACAACAUCCCCAAAGCUCGGAUGAGGACUCUCAAGAUGAGCAUUGUCAUCGUGACAUCAUUCAUCAUCUGCUGGACGCCGUACUACCUGCUGGGCCUGUGGUACUGGCUGUUCCCUGAGAAGAUGGAGGAGACCGUUUCCCACUCGCUGACACACAUGCUGUUCAUCUUCGGCCUCUUCAACGCCUGUCUCGACCCCAUCACUUACGGCCUGUUCACCAUUCAUCUCCGCCAGGGCAUGAAGCGGUGCAGCCGAAGUACGAUCACACAGGCCGAGUUAGAAAACAACACUUGCCUCGUGCACAUGGCACGGCAGUCCUCUCACAGGCGGGUCGCCUCAGGUGGCAACAACACAGGCGUGGAGGAGGCAAACAACAAGAGCAGAACGGAAGGAGGCUCAAGGCCAAUCACCCCAGUGAGCAAGAUCGAUUAGAGCAUUUGAAUGAAAUGAAUCUACGCUUUUUCAUCAGCGCUGAGUGUUGUGUUGACAAGUGAUGACCGCUAGUCGAGUGAAUUUGAAAUCCUGUGGGUCCAAAAAAAAAAUGCUUGUGUAUAACUGUCAGACGAACUUGCUCAAUUUUGUCCCAUUGAUGUGAGUCAGUGCCGUAGUUCAUCCCGCUCCAUGUCUGUACUGUCUUGAAUGCCAGUGAUCUGAAAUGUGCCGUUUUUCUCUCCAACGUGUAUACCAUCACCGUGAGUGACUGUCCAGCUUUUCAGGAAGCUUCACGGCCUGUUUGGGUUCGGGUUCAAACUCAGGUUGAGCUGACACAUCUGUUUAACGUCGCUGCAAAAUGAAAAAUAUCUCGCGCCUUAAUAUUCCUGCACCACUCUGGAUGAGAUAGGUUUGAAAUUAUGCACUCACACAAUCACACAAAUACACAGGCAGAAACAUACAUGUACAAAAGCAUGUGCACACUCAACACACACCAGCCGAUCCUAUCAUUCACUUUAUGAUUUCCAGUGUCAAAGAAGCCAUAGAAACAAUCUGUGCGAAUCAUUAAAUAAAUUAUAGGCUAACUGUGAUUAAUCGUAAUAGCCUCUGCUUUUUCACUGCUUUACAUUUGUAUCACAGCCUAUAUUGGUUCUUUUGCUAUAAGGUCUCCGUCGCUUGACUCCAACAUGAUACUCAUGGUGCUUCGUGUGCAGUAGAAAAGACUCGUGUUAUGUUUCGUAGCAAACAUUGAAAGUUGUGUCAUGAUCUUUAUUGACAAUGACAGCCUUUUUAAAUAAUUAUGUAAAACAGACGUACGUAUUGAAUGUACCGGCAGGACAUGUGGCCUAAUUAGUCUUUAGUGUUUACUGUGUUGCACAAACUCACACAGGAGAUGAAGCUCUAUGAAGUAACUGUAAUUUAUCAUGACAUUUAAUGUAUUUUCUAUUUGUAUUGGAGAUGUGAAUUGUGUUGCUUCCUGUGACUGAGAAAUGUAUAAGAAAACAGCAUGAAUUCAAUUUAAAACCUGAAAACUGAUUAUUGAGAAUGUGAAAGUAAACUCUUAUUUUACUUAUGUGUUUCUA